CGCACUGCCUUACAGCUGGUACGUAUUUGAGUGGCAACACUUUAGUGACCCGAUCUGGCAGCCCCGAUGAGCAGCACAUUUUAAGGUUUACGCAAUUUUUUCCAAUUCUUCCCAGUUAUUAAAAUUGAAAAAGCUAGCAUAGCCGUUCAUAUUCGUUGCAAUCCCAAAGUAUAACGAAAAUAAUGUCGCAAGCAUUCGCGUCUGCCGUUUGCCGGACCGGAGCUACAUUACGCUGCAGCCGGCGUGCCUUGUCCACGGCGAGAUUGCUACGCAGUGUGACACGCCCACGUCUAGCCACCAGUACAGCAUUUACCAAGAGUUUCCAGGCUGGCAAUUGUCCCCCUACUUCUAAGGGCAAUCUGCAGCAAUAUGUGCGCGAGUAUGCAAAUGAAAAAAAAGUGUUUGAGCGCACCAAGCCUCAUUGUAAUGUAGGCACCAUCGGCCAUGUGGAUCAUGGCAAGACUACACUGACGGCGGCUAUAACGAAAGUACUAGCUGAUAAAAAACUGGCGGAGAGCAAGAAAUAUAAUGAGAUUGACAAUGCACCAGAAGAGAAAGCUCGUGGAAUUACCAUCAAUGUGGCGCACGUUGAGUACCAGACGGAGACCCGUCACUACGGUCACACAGAUUGUCCCGGUCAUGCUGAUUAUAUUAAGAACAUGAUAACUGGCACCGCACAAAUGGAUGGCGCUAUUUUAGUAGUGGCAGCCACAGAUGGUGCUAUGCCUCAGACACGGGAGCAUAUGUUGCUUGCCAAACAAAUUGGCAUUGAUCAUAUUGUGGUGUUUAUCAACAAAGUCGAUGCAGCAGACCAGGAAAUGGUAGAUCUUGUCGAAAUGGAAAUACGUGAACUGCUGACUGAAAUGGGCUACGAUGGCGAUAAAAUUCCUGUAGUAAAGGGUUCAGCAUUGUGCGCUCUGGAGGACAAGAAUCCCGAAAUUGGUUCCGAGGCUAUACUUAAAUUGCUUAAAGAAGUUGAUAGUUUUAUCCCGACACCAGUGCGCGAGUUGGACAAACCAUUCCUGUUGCCUGUGGAAAACGUGUAUUCGAUUCCUGGGCGUGGUACUGUCGUUACGGGUCGUCUAGAGCGCGGUGUGGUCAAGAAGGGAAUGGAAUGCGAAUUUGUGGGCUACAACAAGGUACUAAAGUCCACGGUCACUGGCGUAGAGAUGUUUCAUCAGAUUCUUGAGGAGGCGCAAGCUGGCGAUCAGCUGGGUGCUUUAGUGCGUGGCGUAAAGCGUGAUGAUAUUAAGCGUGGAAUGGUCAUGUGCAAACCCGGUAGCGUCAAAGCACUAGAUCAGUUGGAGGCACAAGUUUACAUACUGUCCAAGGAGGAGGGUGGUCGAACCAAGCCCUUUAUGUCGUUCAUUCAGCUACAGAUGUUUUCUCGCACUUGGGAUUGUGCUGUUCAGGUGCAAAUACCGGACAAGGAGAUGGUUAUGCCUGGCGAGGAUACUAAACUAAUAUUGCGUCUGAUACGUCCCAUGGUUUUGGAACAAGGUCAGCGUUUUACGCUUCGUGAUGGCAACCUAACCUUAGGCACAGGCGUUGUAACAAAUGUAAUGCCUGCACUGACAGAAACUCAGCGUUCUGAGCUAACGGAGGGUAAAAAGGCGCGUGAGAAAAAAGUCGCUGCCAAAAAGUAAUAGCCUUGUAUUCGUCAGAAGCUUAUUCUAAAAGUCGGUCGUAAAUAAAUAAAUAUAUUUCUAAUUUAA